UCCCUUCCUGUUUUACAGCCGAUCAGACAGAAACAUUGACGCCACGAUAUAGACGCACUAGCCUCGAUUAUGUCUGGAUCUAGUCACUCCGUCCAUGACCGCGCUUUUUGUUUUCCUCCGUGAAUCCAGCUACCAGCAAUGUCGCCUUAUAGGGCGUUUAUGACACUUGACGAGUUAUAGCCUACAUAUAUAUUUUUGUAUCGCGCUGCUGCUGCGACCCUUGCUCCUUCUGUCAAUGAUUGUCCUUCCCAUAUAAGCCUACUCAUGGCGGAGACCAAAAUCAUAUACCAUAUCGACGAAGAAGAAACCCCAUAUUUAGUCAAACUGACCGUUUCUCCGGAAAAAGUCACGUUGGCGGAUUUUAAAAAUGUCCUCAACAAUCGCCCGGUCAAUAGUUACAAAUUCUUUUUCAAAUCUAUGGAUCAGGAUUUCGGGGUCGUGAAGGAAGAAAUUUCUGAUGAUAAUGCUAAGCUGCCCUGCUUUAAUGGCCGAGUGGUCUCCUGGUUGGUGUUGGCCGAAGGCUCACACUCCGAUGGGGGAUCUCAGUGCACAGAGAGCCACAAAGAACUGCCGCCACCCUUGGAGCGAACGGGAGGGAUCGGAGAUUCCAGGCCGCCCUCCUUCCACGCCAACGCCGUGAGUAGCCGGGAUGGAUUGGACACGGAAACAGGGACGGAGUCUCUUCAGAGCCAGCGGAGAGAGAGGGAGAGAGAGCGAGCUCGGAGGAGAGCUCAUGAGCUUCCCCGGGUGAACGGUCACUCCAAGUCAGAACGUUCUAAUCGUGACCAGGCUCCUGUUUAUGACAGUGCGUCAGUGAUGAGUAGUGAGCUAGAAUCCAGCUCAUUUAUUGACAGUGAGGAGGAUGAAAACGCAAGCAGAUUAAGCAGUUCUACAGAGCGGAGCUCUUCCUCGCAUCUCAUGCGGAGACACAAACGUCGACGGCGUAGGCAGAAAGUCACAAAAAUGGACAGGUCCUCAUCCUUCAGUAGUAUAACAGACUCCACUAUGAGCCUCAACAUUAUCACUGUCACACUCAAUAUGGAGAAGUACAACUUCCUGGGUAUCAGUAUCGUGGGUCAAAGUAACGACAGAGGAGAUGGAGGCAUCUAUAUUGGCUCCAUUAUGAAAGGUGGAGCAGUGGCGGCCGACGGCAGGAUCGAGCCUGGAGACAUGCUUUUACAGGUGAAUGACGUGAACUUUGAGAACAUGAGUAAUGAUGAUGCUGUCAGGAUCCUGCGGGAGAUCGUCUCUAAAACCGGGCCAAUAAGUCUAACAGUGGCUAAAUGUUGGGAUCCCUCCCCUAGAAGCUACUUUACCAUUCCCAGAGCCGAGCCAGUGAGACCCAUUGACCCUGCUGCUUGGAUCACACACACUACAGCACUUACCGGGCCUUACCCCCAUUACGAUUUUGAUGACCUCCCCCUCAAUGUGUCGAAGACGGACAUGGCCACAAUAGUAAAGGUCAUGAAGUUACCGGACUCGGGCAUAGAGAUCAGAGACAGAAUGUGGCUGAAAAUCACCAUAGCCAAUGCAGUCAUCGGUGCGGAUGUUGUUGACUGGUUGUUCUCUCGGGUGGAGGGUUUUAAGGACCGUCGUGAUGCUAGAAAAUAUGCAAGCAGUUUGUUGAAACACGGCUACCUGAGACACACCGUCAACAAAAUCACCUUCUCCGAACAGUGCUAUUACACCUUUGGAGAUUUAUGCCAAAAUAUGGCGUCUUUGAACCUAAAUGAGGGAUCCAGUGGCGGUGGCUCUGACCAGGACGGUCUGGCCCCUCUUCCUCCCCCGAGUGCCAACCCCUGGCCCCUCGGUGGCCAGCCCUACCCUUACCCAGGGUACCCCACCCCCCCACCUGGGUUUCCACCUGGAUACACAGACCCCUGUCACAGCUUCCAUGGUGGCAGUGCAGGCAGCCAGCAAAGUGAAGGCAGCAGAAGUAGUGGCUCCAACCCCAGCGCUGGGAAAGAACGAAGGCCCUCCCCUCGAGAGAAGGACCAUAAAGCGUCAUGCUGUAGGGGCAGCGAAUCAGAACUAGGCACAUGGGUUGGAAGACGGGGCGAAAGGGCAGCCAGUCAGCUGAGUCAUCAAAGCCACAGCCGCUCAGCUGUCAGUCAAGGUCACUCUACCCACAGCUACGCCCACCCCGGGUUCGGCCACGGCCAGUGUCACAGCAUCUCACAGCAUAGCCACACCUCCUUUUCAUAUAGCCACGCCCCCUUUGUUCAACCCAAACAUCUGUCCUGUGCCCACAGUGACAGAAGUCACGCCUCUUCCUACGGCCCACCCGGUUUGCCUCCACCAUACUGCAUUGCUCACCUCGCCCCCAAAGCGUCGGCAACUAACAGCCCUCCUGGCGCUCCACCCGUGCGGGAGUUAGGAAACGUACCGCCAGAACUCACAGGUAGCCGGCAGUCUUUUCAACACGCAAUGGGGAACCCUUGUGAAUUUUUUGUCGAUAUCAUGUGACAGGAGAGUGCCUUCAACGUUUUUUGAGGACAAGGCCUGCUUCUUGAUUUUUUGCUACUGACGAUCCCUGCACUGAGAAUGUACAGUAUAAACUGACAGUUCAUUUAAGUAUAAAGAGCAGUUCAGCCAGAAAUAAAAAUUCUGUUAUCAACUCAUCCUCAUGGCUGUAAUAGGCAUGAUGUCGCCGUCCUUCCGAAACUUCGAAUGACCAAAAUAAUCUGUUUUUGAGGAAAAUAUAUAAUACUUGUAUCUUCAGCUGCGCCUGCCGCAAAGAGCCGUGUCCGUGGAAGUUGCAGGAUUUUGGAUGCACAAGCCGCCAACGAAGCAGCCCGCUUUUUGCCGCUUACCGCACGUUUCCCUUUGAAAAUGAACUGGACAAACGCGACUACCACGUACCGUGUGAAUCAACCCUUUAAUGAUUCGACGCAAAAAAUAAAAAUCACAAAAUAUGAAAAUGCGAGAUUUCGGAAGGACAUCAGCAAUAUGACUUUCUUACAUUGAACAUAAUUGUGACCCUGCCUGUUUUUUUACUCUUUUCUACAUAAAAUCAUCCUACAUAAUAUAGAGAGCAUUCUGUGAAAAUAUAACCUUGAUAUCUUUAAUAUUGACUGAGUAAAGCCACGUCAAAAAUUAACCGAAUUUUUUAAAUGAAACUUAUCCCAUAGUUAGGUUGCGACUUCGGACGGGAGGGUCACAAUGUUUUACUACAUAAUGAAAGUGAAAUGAGUCUGAGCUAUGACUAAAUAACUGAACAAUUUCAUGAUAAACAGUUUGUAACAGCAUGACGUGUGUAGUCGAGGCCAGAAUUUUCCUUUUUGGGUGAACUGUCCUUUAAUGUCCAUCCAAUGUUAAUAAGAUCGGUAAAGGACCCUGAAAAAGCACAACGAGUUUGUUUAACUCUGACACACAAAACACAUCACUACAGCAGCACAAAAAUAGCAAAAGUGACUUUACAGGAAACGCUUUUAACAUAUUUUACAUUUUACCAGGCUGUCUGUCUUAAACCCUGCUGCUCUGCAUUUUGCACAAAACACAAUCCCACCACAAGCAUAACUCUCUAAACAGAGACGCUUUAUAAUGUCAUUGUAUCCAUAAAAAGUGUCCAUUCGACUUUCUAUGUAGUAUUCAAGACAAAGUUGUCCAGUGAUUGACAAUCAGACCCCCCAACUUUACACAUUGCUGAAUGUAUCGUUUACCACGAGGUUACAAUUCACAGCCGCCAAACCCCUUCAGUAUCUCGGUCGCAUCAUUGAAGCUGUAUUUUCAAUUUUUCUUUGGCAGAUGUUAGAAUAAUUAUUCCUAAAUGUUGCAAAAACAUUCAUCUGGAACUCUUAACGUACAGAGUACAUUUGAAAGAAUAUCAAGCAAGUGCUUUUCCAACACGACCCGCAUCAUGGUGUCCAUUACUGACAGUUCAAAAUGCAGUAGAAAAUGAUAGUAGAUGAUGUAAGUUAAAAACUUAGGUGAUAUUAAAACAGGCUGGUAGGCUAACCAAAGUCUCUUGGCAAUCGGUGAGUUGUGCUGUGUUCUGGAACUCUUCAUUUUUUUAAUCUGUGGAGGAUUGGGUAUGAUGUUGUAAUGGUGAAAGUGUUGUCCAAGAAACUGUCAUUGUUGGUUGUCAUGUACAGUCACCGAGCGGUUUGCCUGAACUAAACAGCAAUGAAGCAAUUGGUUCAGUGAAUUCAAGCACUUUUGCAAUGUAACUGUUCAGCCCUUUAGACAAAAAGCUGAGUGAAAGCAGUUGGCUUUGUUUCUUUACAAAAGAGGAAUGAUAAGUUGUAAAUAUGAUUACACACACACAUAUAUAUAUAUAUAUAUAUAUAUAUAUAUAUAAACCUGACUAAAUAAAAUGUAUGUAUUAAGAAGUG